AUGGCGGCCGACGCCCUUUCCAAGUUGGCUAACUCAAGCAUAAGGGACAUAAAGAAGAGCGUCAUGGUUGAGAUACUGUCAGACAGGAAUGUUGACACUUCCCCACAUAUCAGUCAACAUUUGGGAGAUGGAUAUUAUAGGGCCAUUCACGCCGGUAUCAGGGGGAGGAAGUUCCUGAUUGUGGGUAUUGAUUACUUCACAAAAUGGAUUGAGGCAGAAUCGACCACAAAGAUAACGGGCAACCAAGUGAAGAAGUUCAUCUGGCAGAACAUCAUCACCAGGUUCGGGAUCCCUAUGGGAAUUGUCAUGGAUCAUGGCGUCCAGUUUGAUUGUGGCCCUAUCAAAAGCUUCCCGAGUCCCUACGACAUCAAGUUCGCAUACUCGUCGGUAUGCCAUCCUAAGAGUAACGGCCAAGCAGAGCUAGCCAACAAAGAAAUCCUGAAUGACCUGAAGAAGAAGUUGGACGACCUCAAAGGCGCAUGGGCCGACAUGGUUCCAACAGUGUUGUGGUUAAAUAGGACCAGUGAAAAAGAGGCUACCGCUAAAACGCCCUUCAGACUGCCGUUCGGGGCAGAAGCUGUGUUACCGUCGAAGUAG